CUGAUCUGUCAACGCACUACUAAGGCUGUCGUGCAUUGUUUCACGCAAUUAGGCUUCUUGGCGGACGUUUACCUCAAUGACUUUUAUGGAGCCGACUUGCCCGCGAGAGCAUCUACCACGUUCACAUCAUUAAAACAGCUGCUACAAGAACUCGGUCUUCAAACUUCACCUGAUAAGGAUUCUCCGCCAUCCACUAAACUGGUUUGCCUCGGCAUUAACGUCGAUUCGGAGGAGAUGUCUCUCUCUAUUCCUCCCUUUCGCGUGCAGGAACUCUUGCAGGAACUGUCUCUCUGGUCCCAGCAUUCGCGUUACACAAAGAAG